AUGCUUGCGAUAAUCAAUCUGUCGCUGGCUGUGUGCACUCUUCUCUUAGGAUGUGCCAGCAGUGUGGCUGUAGGGCAGAGCACCGAUUCGCUCCCAAAAGGAUUCGCGACUCAGAGAAACGGCAAAUUCGAAGUCGAUGGAAAACCAUUUGUGGUAGACCCUGCUGAUCAUACCGUAAACCAGGCAUUUGUCGGCGCGAACUCAUACUGGUUGCCUCUCUUGACCUCCGAAAAUGACGUUCGGGCCACGUUCAGGGAGAUGCAGGGCGCAGGCAUUAAAGUUCUUCGCACUUGGGGGUUCAACGCUAUCAAUGGCUCUGAGCUUGCAGGAGCGAAGCAAUCAGGAUUGACUUACUAUCAAGUGUGGAACUCUAAUGAGUGGGAGCUCAACGACGGACCCCAGGGUUUGGAAAGGUUGGACUUCGUUGUCAAGACAGCCGGCGACUAUGGAAUCAAGAUUAUCCUUGCCUUCACAAAUAACUGGCUGCUGGUGGAUUUUCAGGGUUGGAUAUGGAAACGCUACGUCACUACCAUCGUCAACCGCUACAAGUCGUCUCCCAACAUAUUCGCAUGGGAGAUGAUGAAUGAAGCGCGAUGUUUGGGGGACCUCCCUGCCGGUCCGAACUGUGCACCGGGCACAGAACUGCUGACGAAAUGGUACAAACAGCAAACGGACUUCGUCCGGUCCUUAUCAGCCGGCGAAGAUUUUGACGAAGAGCUCUUCCUCGAAAACGUUGAUUUUGGAACAUACCAUUUAUAUCCCCAGACAUGGUAUCCAGAAUUGGACUUUCCCGGAUCGAAUUUUACCGUCGAAGACUGGGGGCUGCAGUGGAUCCAGAUGCACGCCGAUUGCAAGUACCUUCCAACCAAGACAAUCGAGGUCGAUAUACUCAUCUUCGUUUUUUUUUCAGCUGCUAAAAAGGCCAACAAACCGGUUAUACUCGAGGAGUUUGGGUUGAUCGGAAUUCAUAAUAAAUCAACAAUAUACCCAACGUGGGUAGAUCUGGCUCUGAAGACAGAACACGGAAUUAUGCCCUGGCAGUUUGGCAUGCUCGGAUUGAAAGAGAACAAUGGAAAUCGGCUCAUUAAAUAUGCAGACGCCCUCAUAGAUGGGGCAUCUCCAAAUGAUGGCUUUGCCAUUUAUCAAAACCAAACAGCCGUUUGGAACAUCUUCACUAAUGCAGCCAAAGUUCAAGCUAGUCGCUCCGGGUGA